AUGGCACCCUCAGAUCCCUAUCCCUCUCCGCCACCAUCCCCCGCCCAAAUCGAAGCCGACCCCAUCCUCCGCAACGCGCUCCGCUACACACUCAGCGCAAAAGAGUACAAGACUCUCCACCAAUAUCUCAUAUCUCGCUCACCGCCAGCCGUAAGGAAACGAGCACUUCCACCACCUAAGUAUGCCGCAUUGGUGCAGAGCAAGGACGAUUAUAAUGGAGCUGCGAUAAGAGCUUCGUUGCGGGUGUUCAUCGCUACGCAGACGAGCUUGAAGCUCUGGGAGUUGAUCAAGGGGAGUUUCUUCGCUGGAGGGAAACCCCAGAGGAUAAAACCGAAAAACCCCAUCCUCAAAUCCCCCAACCUCCGGCUCUCCUUCUCCCUCUCCCUCCUCCUACUUCUCCACCGCCUCCUCUUCCGCUUCUUCUCCCGUCUCCGCUCAAAUCUGCUCACGAAGGACGCCGCCCCCUUCCGACGGCGGAAUCCUCGCAUCUCCAGAUCCCUGACAUCCCGUCUCGCUCCGGCAAUCGGCGCAAGUCUGGCGGGCUUCGCGCUCGGCGUUUAUCCGGGGGAUCAAUUAAGGAUCACGAUUGCUAUAUAUGUGGCGACGAGAUCAUUGGAGUUUGCGUAUAUAGCGUUGGAGGAGGAUGGGUGGUUUCGUGGGAAACCGUGGUGGUGGGGAAGUUGGUUGUUGAUGCCGGUGGCUACGGGUCAAUUGCUGCACGCAUUUGUUUUCGAUAGAGAUUGUUUCCCAAAGGCCUACGGUGACUUCAUCCUCGACCACACGCCCAAUUACGUCCAACGCAGACCGGCCUCCUAUCCCCCAAAUCUCUCGUGGCCAAGCACAAACACAAUCGUCGAUUCGCUGGCCGAGAUGUCGCGACUCAAUUGGCCACCCUUCAUAUCCCCGAUUCUUUUCCCCUCAACCCAAACCCUCCCACCCUCUCUCACCCAACUAGCGCCCAUAACCUCCCCGGCCCACCCGUCUCACACCUUCCUUUCAUGCGCAACCCUCCAUCCAUCCACACCCUCCUGCCUGACAACUUUUGUCCGCUACAUCCUAACCGCUUUCCCCACCCUCGCCAAAUUCUUCGCCGCCUACUACACUCUGUUCGCUUUGCCGAAGUGGAGAAAGUUCGUGGAGGAGCCGUCGCACGAGCUCAACGCUCUCGCGAAGCGAGUGCUGAGGACGUCGGCCUUCCUGACCGGCGCAAUCGGCACGUCCUGGGGCUCCAUCUGUCUGUUCCAGAACCUUUUCCCCCGGACGCUCACGCCUUCAUCGCGCUGGGUCCUCGGCGGCGCACUCGGCGGCAUGUGGGGCUUCGUCGAUCGGAGAGGAGGACAUGGGCAUUUCCUGUCUAGCAUAAGACUUGGCAUCGACAGUCUGUGGAAAGUGGGCAAGAAGAGGGGUUGGUGGAAGGGUGUUCCAGGUGGAGAUGUACUGGUGUUCGUCGCGGGAUUGGGCAUUGUCAACGUUGUUUAUGAGAAGAACAGGGGCGCGGUCGGAGGUGUGGGGAAGGGCGUUGGUUGGCUGAGGGGAGAGGAAUUGUUUCCCGAGACGGUGGAGAAUGACCUCGAGGGGAAAGCGGAGGGUAAGCGGGAUUGA